CGUCACGCGAGCGGCCCGUGUUGGUUCCAGCUGACUGGGAGAGAGAGAGGGGGGGGAGAGAGAGAGAGAGAGGGAGAGAAGAAGCUUCAGCUCCAUCUCUCGGACUCUCUCACUCUUGGACAGUAUUAUUUUUUGGGGCUCAUCUCUUUAUUUCCUCCAUCUUGUGUUCAUCACUUCUUUUAGUUCUCAUCUUUCUUUAUAUUUUCAGAUCUUCCUCCUCUUCCUCUUCCUCCGCGCGACUCUCGGAUCCUCUCACUCACUCCGCGCACGGGACGACGGACUGUUUUCAUCCCCUGUUCUUUUUUUCCGUUUCCUCCUCUGGACUUUAAAUCGAUCAAACCACCGGAGCACCGGAGGGGAGCGCGUGCACCGCGAUCCGCCGUCUGCUCUCCAGGGGGUGGGAGGUGGGGCCCGGGACUCUCUCGUGCUCCCGUGCGCGUCUGUCCUUCGUUCCGAGGAGGUGAAGUCCUGCAGAGGAUGAACUAGAGUCGACAUGGUGCCAUUUUGGAGAUAAACCUUCCUCCUCCUCUCUUCUUCAUGGGACGGGCGGAGCGGCGGGACGUCAGGUGGAGAUCCUGAAGCGCACUCACGCGUCACCUGCCCGCGCACCUUCUGACGGCGCGCCUGUCAAUUAGCGUCCUCUAAUUGGAUUAUUCUGAUCUUGAACUCGAAGAGUCUGCAGGUCCUCCCCUCUCCCCCAUCCCUCCCCCUCACCUCCCCCUCCUCCCCCACUGGAAGUUAUGUCCAAGCCCCUCACUCAGCUCCUGCCGCCAGAUCGACCUUCCGGGGCCACCAGCCCCCAGUGCGGGGCCAGCAACCCGGCUGGAAGUGGCCCCCCAGGCGGACAGCUGACCCCCAUGACCAACCUGAAGACCCUGCUCCAGCUGCCAAUCAAGAGCGACCAGAGAGGCGCCAAGGACUGCUGCGAAAUGCGAGACAAAGACAAGCCAGUGGAGUCUGAGGAGAACUCGAUGGGCGGUAACAGCGGCGGGCCCGGCGGACAGGGAGGAGUCCCGGCCUCUGGCGCCCUGCGACCCAACUCCCAGUCGGCGUUCCUGGGCCCGCUGCUGUGGGAGAGGACCCUGCCGUGCGACGGAGGCCUGUUCCAGCUGCAGUACAUGGACCUGGAGGAGUUCCUGACGGAGAACGGGAUGGGGAUGCACAGCAACGGGCCCAGCUCCACCAGUGCCCAGAUCCCCUCCCAGGUAAAACGGAUGAGGACCAAACCCACGGCUUCACCAAUUAGUUCCCAAUCGGCGGUGCCCAACCAGAGCUCCCAGUGCCCGCCCUCCUCUCCUCCACCCUGCUCUUCCUCCUCCUCCUCCUCCUCCAUGUCCUCUUCAUCCUCCUCUUCCUCGCUGGUGGGACUGGAGACCGUCAAGCCUCAGCCGCCACCGCCGCCACCGCUGCCACCACCUCAGCCGCAGCAAAGCAUGAUGGGAGGACCGGAAUGUCUACAUGGUGGUCAGUCGGUGCCUCAGGACCAGUCUCCCACCUCUACCUGUCCUCCGGGGCCCCCCGGGCCUCCGACGGCGGCCAACGGCAGCAACAGUGACAUCAUGGUGAACUUUGACCCCGACCCAGCGGACCUGGCUCUGUCCAGCGUGCCGGGCCAGGAGGCGUUUGACCCGCGGCGGCACCGCUUCAGCGACGAGGAGCUGAAACCUCAGCCGAUGAUCAAGAAGGCUCGAAAGAUGCUGGUCCCCAAUGAGCAGAAGGAUGAGAAGUACUGGAACCGGCGUGUGAAGAACAACGAGGCGGCGAAGCGCUCGAGGGACGCCCGGCGGCUGAAGGAGAACCAGAUCUCGGUGCGGGCGGCCUUCCUGGAGCGGGAGAACUCCGCCCUUCGCCAGGAGGUGGCCGACAUGAGGAAAGAGCUGGGCCGCUGCAGGAACAUCAUCAACAAGUACGAGAACCGGCACGGAGACUUGUGAGGCGGAGGAAGAGGAAGAAGGAGGAAGAGGCGGGGUGGGGAGGAGGAGACCGCAGAAGGGUACAAGGCAACCCAACAACAGCAGCACUUUAGUUGAAGUGGCGAGGGGGGAAGCCGGCGUAGAUCUGCAGUAAGCGCUGCGCGACACCGGGCGCAAACACAAACGUGUGUUUUCGUGUGUCCGCUGUGCUUCAGGAUGUCACGACAGGAACGCACAGCGACGCCAUUUUGUCCUCCCAUAGUUUGACUCUUUGUUCGAUGCCGCUUCGCUGACUCCACACGACGCACUGUAUCGCCACCUUGUGUCACCUCGGCAGCUUUCCGCCACCCUCGGUGCUUACGCCCGGUGUCGCACCACGUCUUUGCAGGUAGUGCGUCCUCGUGCCGCUCCAGCCAGUUCAAACAGGGUGUUGAAUUCACAUUAUGCCAGUGAAAUCUCACUUUCUAAGCUCAAGGCAUGGACACAAGCCAGGAGAGGUCAGAUGUGUAAUUUUUUUCUAUAAAUAGAACAAAAAUAAAACAUGUAUAUUUUUGAACUGGGUAGGAAGGCAAGACUAGUCCAGCAAAGUGGGGGAGGAGGAGGAGGAGGUGCAGGGUUUUCGUCCAUAACGCAAAGAGAUUUUGACAUAGGAUUAUUGUAUAUUUUUCUAUUAGCAGAGAUAGUCCGGAGGAGGAUUUUGGAGAUAAUCUUUUGUAUAUUUUAUAUAUGGGGCGGGGAGGGGCUGUUAGCUGGACAGUCGCGGGGCCACACAAAGCUUUUCCUCCCAGCUGUUUUAUCGCUAAACAACAAAAAAAAAAAUCUAUUUUCAAUUUCACGGAGCAGGUCAGUCGGAGGCGGAGGCAUCACAGAGAAUGUAUCAUGGUUGAAUCAGGUAUUUCACACGGUGUGACGACCAGGCGAGGUUUCUUAGUAACGAUUGUUUUCGGCGUCGGGCGUUGGAAGGAAGGCAGUGAAACAAAAAUUGUAUAGUUUUGAGAAAUUUUUGUGUUGGUUUGUUUUCUUUGUGGGCUCGUUCGAGCACUUGAUUUGUCGAACUUCUAUUUGAUUCCGUGUCUGAUUUUGAAAUAAUCACAGGGCUUUUAUUUUUUGAGGAUGCAGGAGGAAAGAGAGAGAGAAAAAAAACAGGAAGUAAUAAUCCAGCGGAAUAAUGUGAGCAGGUGUGUGGUUUGCUUUUCGUCAUGUGAACGUGUCGGUGCUCACACACACACACACACUCGGAAACACAAACUGUUCAUAGUAACACAACAGGGCUGCGGCCUUUCUCUCUCUAUUUACUCCUCAGUUUGUCCAGGAGGUGCAGAAAUGAAAUGCCAACUGGUUUCGUGUUGAUUUGCCCAGAUUGAACAGUGACUGAAACGUUCAGCAUGCAGACACACAACAGACACACACAUGCACAGUCCUCACCCUGGAUUUAACCCUUAUCGUUGUUGUUGAUGUUGUUAAUGGACUUUUAUGGUGCUGAUCUGAUCUGAUCCUUCACCUGACACACACACACACACACAAACACACACUAUGACAAGAAUCAUAAGCGCACACAUGCAGACACACACAAUAAGACACUACUCAAACACAGUACUGAACUGCCUAUACCCUUUCUUUGUCUUUUAUUCCUUCUUUUUGUUUAUUUUUCUUUCUUUUGUUGCAUAUUGUAUUGAUAAAUCGUAUAUAGAUUUACACACAAACACUUGUCUAUACCUCUCCUUCAAACUUUACCCAAUGAGAAACAAGAAAUGCACCCUACUGCUACUGUACCAUACAACUGUACUAUUGAAUAUUAAACUAUUCUCUCACUAGAUAUAUAUGUGUAUAUGAUAUAUGCUUGAAUUAUGUGAUUAUAGUUGUAAUAUACAUAAUUGAAUAUAUUACAGAAAAAAAACUUUGGAAUCAUUCUGUCAGUUUCUUCUCAGGUGUUUUUGUCUGAGGUAUUAAAUACACAUUAAAAAAAAAAAACAUGCAAAAAAUGUCUUUGAUUUGAUCGCA